CUUGGCUCAGAGCUGAAAAGAUUAUCCUCCCAGGAGCUGCGGCGGAGCGCUCCUCCUCCUCUCCUCCUCCUCCUCCUCCUCUCCUCUUCCACCACCAUCACCACCACUUCUUCCUCGCUGGAGAAAAGCGCCGCCUGAAGCGCGCGCAACAGCGACCCUCGCCUUUGCCAAAGAACCGGGCAGGCGCGCGCGCUCGGUGGCUCCCUCGGUCGCAUUGCGCCUCGCAGCUCCAGGACCCCGGGAGGAGACGGACGCAGAAUAAGCAACAAUGAGGAAACCCCUUGCAACCAGUUGGAUUUUACUUCUCCUUCUCCUGCUCCAGAUGGAUCCCUCUGUUUCCAAGAAGAAGCCUAAACCUGGUGGUGGCUGGAAUACCGGGGGCCAACGCCCACCUGGUUACCCCCAGCAACAUCCUCCAAACAGACCUAAUUAUCCACAAGGUGGUUACAAUCAACCUUAUCCUGGGCAUGGAGGAGGCUACGGAGGAGGCUAUGGAGGCGGUUAUGGAGGCGGCUAUGGAGGCGGCUAUGGGGGCAGCCAGUAUGGCAAGCCCUGGAAGCCCAAACCACCCAAGCCCAAAAUGAAGCAUAUGGCAGGAGCAGCUGUGGCUGGAGUUGCAGCAGGUGCACUGGGGGGUUACCUCUUAGGCCGUUCCAUGUCAAACAUGCAGUUUAUGUUUAACAAUCCUAGUGAGCAGCAGUGGUGGAAUCAAAACCGCGACCGCUACUCCGACCAAGUUUACUACCCAAAGUAUGACCAACCAGUUUCGAGGGACGUCUUCGUGAGAGACUGCACGAAUGUUACCGUGACCGAGUACAUUGAGCCCAGUGGGAACAAGACAGCAGAUGACACAGAAAGAAAGAUGGUGACGCAAGUGGUGACGCAGAUGUGCACUGAGCAAUACAGGUUGAUGUCAGGUGUCACUUCGCUGUUUACUAACCCUUCUGUGCUUGUAAUAAUUACACUGAUUUUAUGUUUCCUGAUACACUGAGUUGCUUUCCUGAAGGUUCUCUCUUGUUGAGCUAGCAGUGUGGAGAAGGGAACUCUAUAAAGCAUACACCUGGUGGGAGAAUACAUUCUUGUAUGUGCAAUUUUUAAUGGGUGUGUUUAAGAGUUGUUCUAUCUCUUAAGUAUUCUUGAACAUACUGGCUUCAUCUGACAUGGUCCCUUCAUAACCACCUGUGAUUCUGUCUUUAGCUGCAAAAAAGUUUUGGGUGGGGAAAAGGAGGGACAUAAGAACAUUUUAUAAGAACCCCUACCCUGCUAGAAAUCUCACUCCAUUCUCACUGAGCUUGCGCUUACACACAAUAUAGUAACAUACAUAAGAAUGGCUAAGUAAUUAUUUUUAGAUUUAAUGCAGCAAUCAUUUUGUAUUAUCACAAAGUCUGGCUUCCCAAAGGACCAAGUAUAUCUUCACAAGGAAGGGCUUGCAUUUUUAAAAGGGCUUUGGCAACCAGAGCUGAUCUGCAUGAUAGCCUUGGAGCUCUUGAGAGACCUAUCCACCACGACUAAUUCACACAUGGACAUUUUGAAGGCUAUUCCACAUGUAAGAAAAACUUCUUGCCUAUGAAGCACAAUUGCUGCAGAUACACAGCAUGUGAUUAAUCUUGCUGAAGGCAAGUAGCUUUGAAACAAAGACACCAUGGUGGAAAUACUUUAUUCAAAGCAAAAGAAAAAUGUCAGUUUUUGGAAGGGGAAGGAGCAGGUUGAAAUAUUAUUUCUGUUAAGAAAUAAGAAAUUUCUGAAACAAUUUCCAGAAAUUUAAAGCUAUUGAAAAUUGUUAAUUGCCAUAAGUGGGACUUCAGAGUUCAAGGGUAUGAUGAAAAAUGACCUUAUAAAUAGACUAAGAAUAUGAAAUAUAUAUAUUCAUCUUCCAAAGAGGACUUCAAUUUCUCUCCUUUUAAAUGAUAAUUGUUCUGAUUCAAAUGGGAUAAGCUUAUCAGAAAGCUAAUAUUAAUGAUUCAAUUAACAUUAGGAGUAAGAAAGCAUCCAAUAGAUCCUUGGACCAAAAAAUCACUAGGAAAUUGAAGGUUUUAACUCUGGAGAACUUUGGAAUUAACUUUCACUUCCGGUACCAAAGUCACUUUCAUUGGCUUCUUUAGAAAGUCAAAGAAAUAUUCACAAAGAAACUGAAAUGUAGACUUUUCUCUGCAACAACUGGAGAACCUGACAGUGCUACUAAUUCACAGAACAUUUGUGUUGUGUGUGGGGAAAUUACUCAUGCCAUCCACGCUGAUGUCUCAGCUGGUCCCAAUACUGCUAGUUAGAACAUGAAACACAGAAUCAUAGGGCUGGAACCUGGAAGGGACUUAUAGUCCAACCCCUUGCUCAAGGCAGCAGACCUUAUACCAUCCUAGUCUAUUAAGCAAGAGGGAGUGAGCCCCUUUGUCUUCAGCUACAGGCCAGAAUAAGAAAUUCAUGGAUGGUCUUCUAAUGAACUUUGAGAGCAAGAGCCUAAUGUUGAGCUUGUGAACUGAUUUUGCGGAAUCAGGUUUUGCAUUUGGCAUACUGAGGCACUAUUUAGAAUUAUUCUUUAAACAAGAUUGCUACGAAUACCUUGCUCUUUCCACACGUUGCUUUGGCUUUCUUAUUGUUUUAUUUAGUUCCUUGAGAUUUGGGCUGCAAAAGCUGACAUGGCCUCCACAAGUGUCACAUUUUUUUACCAAAUGUUUAGCAGAGUUUGUGUUUGUUAUUUCUCCAUUGUAUACAACAAGGCUUAGAAAUAUUACUGCUAGAAACACAACAGCCACUGGAAUUCAGCUAGUUUGAAGAUGCCAUAGUCAUUUAAUUUUAAGACCUAAUUGAAAAUUGUACUUCGGGCUGUAAUAAUUUUGUCUGUCUUAAUGCUUUCAGCCUACGGUGGUUAUAAAGGGUACUUUUUUAAAACUCUGGUGUAUUUCAAUUGAUUUGCUGAUUGACACUGUGUUUGUACCAGAUAUAAAAUUGUAAAUGUAGUAAAAAUAUAAUGGGAUAUGCUCUUCACCUACUGAGUAUAUCUGGUAUAUAUGAAUAUUUUCCCAGGUGAUUACAUACAUGGGAAUGUGUGCUAGUUAUUACUUAUUUGGGUUUAGGGAUUUCUUUUUCUUUUAUUUAUUGAGUUGUUGAGAUGUAUUCUGUGUUUCGGGAGGGGGGGCUGCACCAAGGGAGGCUCAUUCAAUCUCAUUUUACACGUGUUGUGCAUUGACAAUAAAGGUUUGAUUUGAUUUGAUUUGAUAUUGUAAAUGCCAACUUUAAAUAUUGUUGUUUUAAUAUAAGAGCAAAAAAAAAACUAAAUUGAGGGGAAUGUUGGAUUUUGAAGUGACAUGUCAGUUGUCAUUGGGAUAUUUUGUAACUCUGUAACUAUGCAUGGGCUUCAUUUUGAUUUGCAUUUUUUUAAAUUAAAUGUUUGAUAUAAAGUUAAAAAUAAAAUAUGAGAAAUCAA